AGUAUGCAAACACCCUCCCGAGCCAACCAACGUCUUUUACUUUCGCUGCCACAUCAUCCCCAAAAGCGGGGUCGUUUUCAUAGCCUGGGGAUCUCCAUGGCGAAAGUGUGCACCCUUCUAAUAUAUUAUCUAUAGACAUAUCAAUACCAGGCCUAGGCAAUUCAUCUUUACUCUAGCGUCACCUCGAAUAAUGACUAUCACCGAGAGUGCAGAAAUUCCGGAUCUACAGGCUCUCCAGGAAGGGCUAGCAGAGUGCGAGUCUACAGGAAAUAGCGGCUUCGAAUUCAUUGCUACUCAUAUGGGAUGGAAUCCAUCCUCGGGCUAUACGCAAACCCCUAGCGGAGCUAAGACGCAAUUUCCUUUAUACAACGAUUGCACCGUUGUCAUACCUAAGGGGAGAGUAAUGUUCGACGAUGACGAACGGAUCUUCUCUGUUACCAACACUGCUGUGCGGGUGCAAGGGUCCAAGACACUAGUUGUGUAUGGAGACAGUACAGUGGCGUGGAAUCCCUCACCAUGUUGCUGGGACGAAAGCAUCUGCAGUUUGUGCAGUUUGGCGCCGCAGGGGCAAUGUAGAAGACUUGGGAUCGGCAAUGUCAGGGAAAGGAAAGAAGAGAAUCCAAGCUGGUGGAGAAAGCUUGGUAAGCGAGCAGGGUUCUUGAAGACUUCAAAAGACGAAGAGGCCUUGAUCAAAUUUGAUUACCAUCAGUCCCUCUUUGACAGAUUACCUAAAGGCCAGGUAUUUCUGGCUGAUGGCAUGGUAGUCCAAUACUGAUUAUCCCAACUCAGGUUAAGUAGGUAGGUAGUCUUAUAGAUACCUCAUCUUAUAGUAUAAUACCUAUAAAAAUCUAAAGUACCUUUUCGA